UGUUCACAGAAGUCGGCCAUGACAGUCGCCAUAUUAUUUUGAUUUUCAUCAAUUAAUGCAUUUUUUUACCGUUUUAUGUUACUAUUAAGCCCUUGGAGUAAAUGGUUGUACAAAAUAUGGUCAAAUAUGGAGUAAAACUAUGAGUGGGCCAAUUCCGACGGGCAAUGGAUGCUCGUUAGAGGAUUGUUACACAAAUAUUUUUGCUUUGACGGACAUCAACGGAAUAAAAUGGAGAAAGUUGUGCAUUGAACCCUCACAGACGAGACUUGACCCUUUUGAGGAUCCAGUUCUGAGCUCAUAUGCAAAAUGUCUGCAAGCAGACAUACUUAGUGUAUGGCGCAGGGUGGCUAAGCAUUCUGAAAGUCGCCCAGAUGUCUUGUUUGGCCGGGAACUGUGGAUAUUUUGGUAUGGUGACAAGCCAUCGAUCCUGGAGGAGAUUCUGGCACCAGAACUAAAAGAGCAAGAGCAUGGAUCCUGGGAAAAAGACAGUGUCAUGUCCUAUGAAUGUCGAACCCUGCUCUUCAAGGCCCUACACAAUCUCAUUGAAAGAUGCUUGUUGGCCAGGAAUUUCAUCCGCCUCGGUCGUUGGUUUGUGCAACCUCAAGAUCCUCUAUUGGAACAAAGUGCGAGCCUGUCAUUCAGUUUCAACUUCUUCCUGCAUGGUGAGAGCACGGUGUGUGCAAGUAUUGAGGUGAAACAGCACCCGCCGGUCCUCCUGCUGGCCAGUCAGCACCUCCAAUGUGCAGCAGAGAGUGGCGCACAGCUCAAUGUGAUCUUGGCUCCAUACGGCCUAAAUGGAACACUGACCGGCGUGACGUACAGAGACACGGACCAGACCACCAAGAAGGCACUGGAAGAGUGGAGGCAGUUCUACCCCGUGAAAGGGGAGGAGGGGAAAGAUGCAGACACUAAUAAACUGCCUAACCUUAUAGAAGUGGUUGUUGCGGGUGUGCGUAUGAAGUACCCGUCCUGCUAUGUGCUGCUGGUGGAUGAGAGACCAGGUGUGCCUGGAGACCCCCAGCGCCCAGGAUCUCUGGCUCAGCUGGGGAUCCUGGGGGCCAUGGGUGUGGGGGAGGAUGGGCUCUCACUCAAGGGAAUGGAGCCCACUUCAGAUCUGACAGCCCGGACCAACCGCAUUCUCAGUGCUAGACUGGUGGAGAAGAUAGGGCAGGAUGGCUGCAUCACAUCAGGACUCUCCAAAAGGCACAAUGAAGGAAGCUUAGAGGAAGGACAAUCAGGGAUAUGGGAUUUUGCAGACCCUACAACAAAAACUACAUGUAACUGUUCACGGUUAAGGGGUGUAAAGAACAAGGCUGGGUCAAGCCUGGCAGGAAAGCAACUUGACAAGAAAAAAACAGACAAGACCUUAGAGCGACAACAAUCUCGUUUGUUACGAGCUGUCCCCUUUCAUCGGAGACAGCAGGCCAUAGAAGAGUACUCGCAGAUUGACAUGGACAUGUCAAUGCCACGAGUUACUGCGGGAAUGCCUCAAGGGGGUCUGAAUGGUGUGGCAGGGGCCAUGGGGGGAGGCUCUGACAUACCCCAUGUUAGCACGUCUGGGAACUCAGACAUGGUCUGCAAUGUGAGCAUGGAGUCGCCAGCCUCAAACGCUCCCUCGCCACUAGAGGAGUCCCACAACCAUGGGCAGAUGGAGAACACUGUCACCAUAGAUCCCACAAUGCCCACACUGAGUCCCCAACCACCAGCCAUGAAGCAUGGCGAUAAGGAUCCUGCAUCAGUUGGUGGCUUGAAACCCAUUCAGAACGUGAAUCUGAGCAGUGCAAGUAACAGUACCAACAGUAAUGUGUUGCUUAAUAGUGUAAUGACUAAUGGGGAUACUCAUGCAUUUCACAAACCUCACUUUACUUCUGGAUUUAAGCCCGAUGCAACUAGUUCUAGUGUUGGUGGCCUUCAUUGGAAUCAUCAAUCCUUAGAGAACACAAAAGCCAACAUAAACAGCUGGUUGCGGUCACAACAGAAGCAGUCUGAUCACAAAACAUUCAAAAGGCCAUGUUUACCCAGUUCUGAUGGGGACCCAGAUUCUUUUUCAGCAGAUUCUCUUUACAACUUUGACAGUGUCUCAAAUUGGUCUGACUUCCCAUUGAAAAAGAUGUGCUUUGAGAGGAUUGAAAUGCUGAACGGCAUACAGGAUCCCAUGGUGAACACCAACAACAACAAUUUCAACCCAAACCAGCGGCCCUUGCAGUCCCUAUCUCCGACCCCGGCGGCUGACCCCUACGCAUUUUCUGAUGAGUCUUCUGCAACACCAGCUGGCACCCCCAUGUCCAGGUCCAUGAGAAACAGUCGCGACGACAUAUUCCAGAGGCCUUCACCCUAUAGAGAAGAUGAGAAGGGACCGGAAAUAUUUGGCUUCAAGGAAGAACGAAAUAGCAUGGAGUUUGGCUCUCUGACAUCUCCGCCUACCACGCCAGGUGCCCUGAUGUCAAGCAGUUUGACGCGCGAGGAGGACCUGAAACCACAAGAGUCUGACCUCGACAAUCUCUUCCAGCCGGACUCGGAAGACAACGAUGAUGCUUUUAUUCCCAAUAGUCCAGUCAAAUAUUUGGAAGAUAUAAGAUCAACCAAAACUGCCAAUACGGGACCUGUGGAUACCAUAGGAGUUAUGGACCUAUUUCGGAUGUACCCGACCCCGCCGUCACAGGAGACCAUCACAGACUGUUCGCCCAAGACCAGCCACGAGGCUGUGAUAGAGAGCCACCCAACGGUGAUGGAGAGUUUUCCUAUCAGUCUGGUAAAACAUGAGCUCCUGCCUUCAACCUCACUAGCUGAUGAGCUCAACAAGGAUGGUGUAUACAGACCAGAAGUGCGGGCUCAGUACCCCAGCUCAGCCAAGUAUGCACCCGUGGAGUUGUACAGCACACAGCUUUCUCCCCCGCCCCACGUCCCAGAGUACAAGCCAUCGUGGUACCAUCACCAGAUGCCCUUGACAGACAAACAUGUAAACCAUUACAUGAAUAUUCCUUCCAUUGAGAAUCUUCCCAGCAUCCCGUCUGCCCGCAUGCCUUCCAGUGCAAUAGAGGCGUCACCAGCCACAUUCCAGAAUAGCGUUGGUCAGCAGCGCACACCAAUGUCCUACGAGCUGCAAUCACCUGCAUCCAACGCAUCCUCAUAUCUCAACAAAACACCAAACUCCAAUCUCAAUCAUCACGGAACAAACAAUCCCGUCCCAGAGGCCCAUAGCCUGCUGGUGAACAUUGUGCUUUCCGAUUCCAUUCUCAACCUGUUCAAAGAUCAAAAUUUCGACAGUUGCAACAUCUGCGUGUGUAACAUGACGAUCAAGGGUUCAGACGUUGGUGUGUACAUUCCGAACCCGACUGGUGAAACGGAGUACAAGUGUACCUGUGGAUUCAGUGCUGUGAUGAAUAAACGCUUUGGCCAUAAUGCAGGUCUGUUCUACGAAGAUGAGCUGGAAAUCACGGGAAUUCGUGACGACCGUUUUGACAAACGAAAACGUAGUUUAUUAACAUUGCCACAAAUCAAACCCGAAGAGAAUGUUGGAAAGGUGCCCUCUAAUGUGGAGGAAGUGUCCCAGUCGGUGUUGCAGCUGUUGAUUGGCCAAUUCUCAGGGCCAUACCCCUCCAGUUCCUACGUGUGCCUACGGGACAGGCUGCAGGUGCAAGCCAAAUCCUUUCCCGCUCAGCCAUUCAACAUCAUGUCGUUGCAAGAUUGCAAUGAGGUGACAUACUUUGCACUGGACCAGGGUAGGCAAGCCAUGGAUCACUGCCCCACCAAACUGGAGGACAACAUUAUGAAGUCCACCUGCAUGCACAAGUGGACAUUCUUGCAAGGUGUAGCUCAAAUUCCCCAGUCUCCGCUGGACUCGGUUGACUUGCUGAAGGGACUUCAGCCAAUAUUGCAAGAUGCAAUUCAGAACAAGCGUGUUACUCGUCUGUGGGAGCACACAUACAAGCUGCAGGGCCCUCUCACCUGGAUAGAGUUCCACCAGCUGGCUGGUAGAGGGUCAGAUGAGAACAGUGAGCCACAGCCUAUACCUUCAUUACUGGUAGGAUGUGAGAAAGACUCUGCCAAUGUGUCCCCAUAUGCUCUCAGAUACUGGGACAAGAAUAUGUUGGAGCCUUAUGGUCAUCGUCGGGACAUUGCCUACCUGGUGGUCACCCUUGACAAUGACUACAUCCUGUCCCUUGCUCAGCCGUUCUUCAAGGAGCUCAGCACCAUGUACGAGUGGCUGCGACUGGGACGCCACGCGCCCAUCUCUGAGAAGAUCCGAGACGGGAUCCUGCGUAUCGGGCGCUCCAUGCAGCAGAAGAUCGGGGAUCAGGACGUGGAUGACUGGUUUAAGUACAUCCCCAGCAACACCGUGUCCUCCAACCUGAAACUCUACGCACAGACCUGUAAACAUUACCUAGGGCCAUUUCUUGCAAAGCAGACAGACUACAAGAUGUUGUUUGCUGCUAGUACGUCUAGUCAACGCCUGCCUCAAAACCGUACAGCUGACUUGCAGAACUCUGAGUCGUUAAAUACCUCUCAGUCUAAUGAUGACAGAGAUGGUGAAGGGGCCCAUCGGGACUUGCAUGAGGAGGUGGCAGACGUGAGCCAGGGUGACGGUCCAGUGAUUGUGAUCUACAUCGUGAACCCGUUCACGUAUGGCCAUGACUGGGAUGACCGGCUCUCCAUGAUUGGGCUGCUGCGGUGCUAUCAAGAGAUUGUGCAGGGUCUGCCAGAAUUCAUGCAGAACAAUGUUUAUCUGCAGAUUCUGCCAGUACAAAGCAUUAUCGAUGCCAAAGAAGGAAAUAAUCAGUUCCAGCUAUUGAAGAACAUCGCAUUCUCGGUAUUCACGAGUUGUCGCUUGAACCUGUCUCACAAUGUAAUGGGUAGAUCUCUCACUGGAUUUGGACCUGCAGCAGCUGCAGAACAGUUCCUGAAACGCAAGGCAAAUAUCGAGUCUACAGGCCUUUACAAGUUGUACAAUCCUCCGUUCAUUCUUGCACCACUGAAAGACAAGCAGGAGCAGUUGGCCGAGUCUUGCAGUGAGAAGCGUGAGAACAGCACCAUACUUCUGUGUGUGUACUGCCUGUCAGAGGACCAGCGCUGGCUCCUGGCCUCCUGUACGGAUGACAGGGGCGAAACCAUAGAAACCUGCACUGUCAACAUUGAUAUUCCAAACAGAAAUCGUCGUAAGAAGACAUCAGCACGGAGGAUUGGUCUCGGAAAGCUGUGGGACUUUAUCUUAGGCGUGAUCUCCAUGUCUUCCAAACCUUGCAGGAUCGUGGUCGGUCGCUUUGGCCGGAUUGGGCAUGGGGAACUGAAGGGUUGGUCGGGUCUCUUGAGCAAGAAGAACAUACAGAAGUGCAACAAGAGGAUGCGGGACAUGUGUUCCCAGUGCACACACCAGGUUGAGGGCGAACACCCCACCAUAGUCAGUGCCUGCCUCAUCUCGUUUGAGCAACACCGUAGCUUCAACCUUAUGCCCGAGUGUGUGAAAGCCGAGAGCGAAAAGCAGCGGCGAAAUUGCCCGCUGCAGACGCCACGGGAUGCAUCAUGUUCUCAUAUUCUCGUCUUUCCAACCUCUGCCACAGCGCAGGCUAGUACUCAACAGAACCAGCUGGAUGCCACAGGUGGAAUUGAUCUUGGUGGCCACAAUUUGGAGUUUGGUGUGGAUCUUGCAGAUAACAUCAUCAACGACUUCGACAACAACUCCGAUGACUUUGCAAAUCUGAUGGAUGUGUUUGUGUCCAUGACGAACUCGCCGCAUGACAACCCAGGAUCCCCUGGUCAGCUUGAUAUGGGCAGAAACUCGCCUUCCAAGAUGAAUGGUGUCAAUGUGAUGAGUGCCACGCCCCAGGAGAAGGACCCCCAGGAUGACGCCCCCAACCUGCUCCAACAGCCCCUUGCCAUGGGAUACUACAUCUCCACUGCCGAGACUGGACCCCUCCCUCGGUGGUUCUGGUCAGCCUGCCCCGACAAUGAACACACGUCCGUCAAGUGCUUUAAGUCUGCCCUUCACGUUCAUUUCUCAACCAACCAGGAUGACUUCAUGCACAGCACGGCACCUGGUAACACCCACCCCCUUGACUCUAACCUCACCUGUGAUGUUUUAAGGUUUGUUCUGGAGAAGUACAACGCCUUGUCAUGGCUCUCAUUUGACUCCGUACGCAAUGAACGCCAGUCCUGCCUGCCUCUUCACUUCUCAGUCCUCAUACAGCUCUACCAUGCGAUUAAUGCUUACAUCUGAGUUCCAGACCCUUGAUGGCCUACAGCUCAUUGAAUUUUCAGUGAAUGCUUUCAUCUGAGAGCAGUUAUGGUGCAAUGAAAGCUCAAAUCUGAGGACGAUAAUGGUUCACUGAAAGCUUAAAUUUCAGGACAGUCACAUUUCAAUUAACAUCUCCAGUGUAAGAAUGUUACUGGUAAAUGAAUGCUUUUAUCUGAGGACAGUUCUGUUUCAAUGACCCUUUCAUCUUAGUGCAGUAACAGUUCAAAUAAUGUUUGCAUAAGGGUUUAAGGAAAGCUCAUAUCUGUGGACAGUUACAAUUCAAAAUAAGCUUGAAUCUGAGCGCAUUAACGGUGCCAUGUAAGCUUAUAUUUGAUGGCAGUUAGGGUUGAAUGUUUACUUGCAAUUUAGAUCAGUCACAAUUCAGCUCCAUCUGAUGGCAGUUACAAGUUGAUGAACACUUGUAUCUGAGAGCAGUUGGGGUUUAAUGAACGCUUGCAUUUGAUGGCAUUUUCCCAUUCAAGAAAAGCUUAAAUCUGAGGGCAAAUACGGUUUAAUUUAGGCUUGCAUCUGAGGGCAGUUAAAUUUCAAGGAAAGCUUUGCAUAAGUACUCUCCCCAUUUCUUAUUGCAAUGAACACAUUCAUUGGAAGGGGCAGGGCAGUUUCCAUACUAAUUUAACAGAUGCUGCUGCAAUGAACCUUGUCUUAUCAUUAAUUUUACACAUAACAAAGUCUCAAUGUUUCUCUUGCUCGUGUUACUUUAAUAAAAAAAAUUACCUCUCAGUGAAGAAAUGCUCUUUUUAUUGCUCUUGAGGAAUUUGUUUAUGCUUUCAGUAUGUUUACAGUAAACUUAAAAAUCUGUUUCAUAUUUUAUUACUUUGGCACAUGUUCAGUGUAUUUUGAUAAGGUGGAAAGAAUUUGCUUCCACUUGCCUCACCAAAAAAUGGUGUUGUAGGGCAGCUUAACUUUUAUUUUUAACCAGGUUUUCCGAAGGAAAAAACUGGUUAUUAGAUUGGCGAAUGCGGGCGGGCGGGCUGGCUGGCUGGCUGGCGGGCGGGCGGAACAAGCUUGUCCGGGCCAUAACUAUGUCGUUCAUUGUCAUAUUUUAAAAUCAUUUGGCACAUUUGUUCACCAUCAUUGGACGGUGUGUCGCGCGAAAUAAUUACGUCGAUAUCUCCAAGGUCAAGGUCACACUUUGAGUUCAAAGGUCAAAAAUGGCAAUACAUGAUCUUGUCUGGACCAUAACUAUGUCAUUCAUUGUGAGAUUUUAAAAUGACUCUGUACAUUAAUUUUGUUCACAGUCAUAGAAUGGCGUGUCAUGUGGAAGAAUUCAAUAGUUCAAAGGUCAAAAUGGCUAUAAAUGAUAAUGGCUUAAUAAUUCUUAAAAAUUGCCAUAAAUUAGAUUCUCUUGUUUUGUGAAGACAGCAUGCAAAAUAGUCUGUGUCAAUGCGGCACGUGGGGGUAUACGUCACGUCUGUGACAAAGCUCUAGUUAUUUUUGGUGCAAUCUGGAAUAUGUUAUUGUUAAAGUGAUAUUAUGAGCAUUUUUCACUGUUGAAUUGAGCUGAAAAGAAUUAACAGGUCAAAAGAGUUAGUUAAAAUGUGUUAAUUGACCAAUUAUCUACAACUCAUCUUGCUACCAGUUGUUUAUAACAAAUAUAUAUUAUAUUCAAUAUUUUACAUAACUGUACAGUCUUCUUAGCGGAAAUGAUCCGUAAAACAAAUUUGUUUCUUUGUGUUGUAUGAACAAAUCUGCACUAAAACUAUAUUUAGAUUCACAUCGUACAUUGAAUCAUGUCGUCAGUUGUCAAAACAAAAGUACGGUUGAUAUUCAGUUGCAUUAUUUUUCUAUGUAUCUGAGGUGUCAAGACCAAAAAUAAACAACUGUUGCGAUAGACACCUAUAAGCAUAGCAUAUACUGUUAGAUGCGCAUAAUAUAACUUUAAAUGUGCAAACAAUUUGCAUACACUGCGAAAAUUGCAAAUGAAUUUUGAAUGUUUUACUCUUUCACAUUUGUACGCAUGCAUCUCUAUGCUGAUUUAUCUAUUUAUGCAAUUAUAAAGCCUUGAUAACACACUAUGUUCCCAGAAAUACUGGCAAAACAAGCAAAAGUGUGUACAUCUAUAAUUUCUAUAUUAUAUUCAUAGAACACACAGUUGUAUAGAUUUAGAACGUUUUUUAUGGCAUAAAACAUGUUUUGUUAAAGGAAUGUUGAACUACAAUUCUUGCAUUUAGAUACUUUUAUCUGAACAAUGUGGUGUUGAACCACAGAUCUGUUCUUUCAAUGUUCUUUCAAUGGGUAUUUUUUCUGUACAUUACAGUCAGAUAUUGUCACUGGUUGCUGUAUCACAAUUUAACCUGGAAUUGUUAAUAGGUUAACCAUUCGUUCAGAGUGUAUUGCAUAUUGAAAUAUGAGAUGUAAAUAUUAAUUUAGAACUGAAAUCAACUGUUGAGUGUAUUUUAUGAUAAAAGCGAAAAAUAUA